UGCUCCCCACCCCCACCCUGCAGGAUUCUGGUGGGUUGGGGCGGGCGUGGACGUGGUUUGCCCAGGACUCGGGGCGCCUGGGUUGGACUGGCUUCUCUGGACUAAUCCCGCCCGGGUCCUGGAGCCUCAGCAGCCGCUGCAUUAAUCAGCCUUGCUGGAGGAUCACAUGGUCCUCUAGCUGCCUCCCCUGUUAGCUGCGCCUGUCAGCAGCUGGCGGAGCUGGAGGCUGCAGGCCCCCGUCUGCAGAAAGCCUUUUACUUCAGAAUAUUGGGGGGGGUGCAAACCCCGCCUCUUUUUUCUGCACUUUGCACCAGCUGACUGACUAAAUGGUUGGCCUCGGAACCAAAAAGACUACCAGACCAUCUAAGGAAAUCGCCUCUGACUAGGUCAUGUUUGCAUUUGAAGAAUUCAGUGAACAGAGUAUCUGCCAAGCCCGGGCUUCCGUGAUGGUCUACGAUGACACCAGUAAGAAGUGGGUGCCCAUCAAACCGGGCCAACAGGGAUUCAGCCGCGUCAACAUCUACCACAACACUGCCAGCAGCACCUUCCGGGUCGUGGGCGUGAAGCUUCAGGACCAGCAGGUUGUGAUCAAUUAUUCAAUCGUGAAAGGGCUGAAGUACAACCAGGCGACGCCAACCUUCCACCAGUGGCGAGAUGCCCGCCAGGUCUAUGGCCUGAACUUCGCGAGCAAGGAAGAGGCGACCACCUUCUCCAACGCCAUGCUGUUUGCCCUGAACAUCAUGAAUUCCCAAGAAGGAGGCCCCUCCACCCAGCGGCAGGUGCAGAAUGGCCCCUCUCCCGACGAGAUGGACAUCCAGAGAAGACAAGUGAUGGAGCAGCAGCGCCAGGAGUCUCUCGAGAGAAGGACCUCAGCCACAGGACCCAUCCUCCCGCCGGGCCACCCCUCAUCUACAGCCAGCGCCCCCCUCUCCUGUAGCGGGCCUCCACCCCCGCCCCCACCCCCUGUCCCGCCUCCACCCACGGGGGCCACCCCUCCUCCCCCACCCCCACUGCCGGCCGGAGGGGCCCAGGGCAGCAGCCACGACGAGAGCUCCGUGUCGGGCCUGGCCGCCGCCCUGGCUGGGGCCAAGCUGAGACGCGUCCAACGGCCAGAAGAUGCGUCUGGAGGCUCCAGUCCCAGCGGGACCUCCAAGUCCGACGCCAACCGGGCCAGCAGUGGGGGCGGGGGAGGCGGCCUCAUGGAAGAAAUGAACAAACUGCUGGCCAAGAGGAGAAAAGCAGCCUCCCAAACAGACAAGCCGGCUGACAAAAAGGAAGACGAAAGCCAAACGGAAGAGCCGAGCACCUCUCCAUGCCCGGGGAGCCGCGCAGCCAGCCAGCCUCCCAACCCCUCAGAGGCCGGCCGGAAGCCCUGGGAGCGGAGCAACUCGGUGGAGAAGCCGGUGUCCUCAUUACUGUCCAGAACCCCGUCUGUGGCCAAGAGCCCCGAAGCUAAGAGCCCCCUUCAGUCGCAGCCUCAUUCUAGGAUGAAGCCAGCAGGGAGUGUGAACGACGUGGCCCUGGACGCCUUCGAUCUGGACAGGAUGAAACAGGAGAUCCUGGAAGAAGUGGUCCGGGAGCUCCACAAGGUGAAGGAGGAGAUCAUCGACGCCAUCCGGCAGGAGCUGAGUGGGAUCAGCACCUCCUAGAGCCGGCGGCCCCAGCAGCACGGCCAGGAGCCCCGCCGCCCGCGCAGGAGGCUGGGACGCGCUUCGCUUAAAGUCUUCACCUGUGAGAAAAUGUUAACAUGAGGAAAAAAGUUCAAUUCCUGGAAUUUUUUUAGAUUCUACCUGACACAAAACACCAGGUCUCCUCGCCUUUUUUUGAAUUUUAUAUUUGCUUAUUUAAGUGUACAUUUCUUUCGGUUUCUAGAGAAGACACCCCAAGUCACGCUCCAGUAGAUGGUGUCCAGGUUCUCUCCUAGGUGGCGCUGCCGGCGCCCGGCUGCCAGUGCCGGCGUCGGCGGGGACGGCCGUCCGCCCGGUGUCUGUGUCCACGUGGUAAUAAACGGUCACUGUCCACGCCCGGCUCGCCUCUUGCUCGC